UAUCGUCAACUAUGCUUCUAAAAUAAUCCAAAAACAUGAUUUCCAGAAAAAUAUAAAAUACUUGCAAAUUGUAGUACUAUAGUUUAUAACACUUGGUAGCAUUUGGUGGUUGUUUUAAGAAAAAUUGUUUCGUCUCUCUCAAAAUCGUGAAAUUAAAAAUUUAAAACGCUUCUGGCUAACAGAUUGCUCCUUCUCUUUUGUCUGUCGAACUCCCUGACCUCAAGUUUCGAUAUUUGCUAAGCAUUUAUUGUUUUGAUUUUGAUUAUGGAGAUGAUAAGAGGCCCAAACGGCGUCGUCAUGCAAAUCCCGAAUCUAUCUGCUAACAAUCUCUUGCAGAAGUUUUUCAUCACAAGCAACCAUUUGUGUCACAGACACCCUGAGAAUGGUGAGAAUCGGGAAGAACCGAAGAAGAAACAAGAAGAAGAAGAAGAAGAAAAAGAUAUUGAGCUAACGUUAGGUCUUUCUCUGAAUGGUCAGUUUGGUACGGAUCCGAGAUCGAGGAAAAGGAAGAACUUUGAAUUGGGUCGAUCUUCUUCGAUACCAGAAGGUUUCGUCUUCGAUGAACAAAUAUCCGGCGGCGUUUUCGGCGGAGACUUCCGGCGGACGGUGGGUCGGGGGGCUUUGGACAUGUUCCAGCUGGAUCGGACACGGUCUCUGCCUGUCGAAACGGAGUUGGAGACGGAAACGAAGAGGAGGCGGUCGGAGAAGACGAUGGCAUUUCUUGAAUUUCAGGUUCCUCCUCCGGAAAAGGAAAAAAACAGUGGCCAAGCCAAGACGGAGAAGUCAAGGGCAUUUUUGGAAUUUCAGGUUCCUCCUCCGACAAGGAGAAAGGAAGAAAAGGUUGGUUUUUAUGACGUCCCCGGUCCGAUCAGCGGGAUGGGUAAAAAAGGAAAUACGGCGAAGAAGAAGAAGAAUGAGGAAGUCUCUGGAAUGGAGAAGGCGAGGAACAUUCUAGAAGACAUGCCGUGUGUGUCGACGAGGGAUGUCGGAGCCGACGGGAAACGAGUGGAAGGGUUUCUGUAUUGGUACGGAGGGAACAAGGAGGAGGUGAAGAUAGUGUGUGUCUGCCACGGCAGUUUUCUUUCUCCGGCAGAGUUCGUCAGGCACGGCGGAGGCACCGUUUCUCCCGUCAGCGACGAAGGUGGUGGUGACGAUGUUGCGAUAAAUCCUCUUAGGCAUAUUGUUGUUAAACUUCCUUCUUCUUCCUUGUAGUUCAUAUUCUUGUGGGUUAUUAUUGCUUAUCCCCAAUUAUUAGAGGUGUCAUUUUUCUUUCUAAACUUUCAAAAUUGUAACUAUGUAUGUCAAAAUAUAAUUUGACCGACUAAUUAAGCUGAAGCAGAAGUUUUUCAACCC